UGGAGGUGAUAUCACAAUCACACGUGGCGUGAGGGAAGAGAAACUCAGAACUAAACUGCAAUCCCUCACUCGCUUCCUCAUCUCUCCCUCUCGCUGCAUCCACUCUACGAACCCUAAACUGCAAUCCCUAAAGGUGUGAUUUUGAGAUUAUGGCCAAAGCUACAAGGACAAGACGCAGGAUCCAUUCACGACGGAUCAGAGCAAGACCGUACAAAUCUCAGUCUUCUAAUCGACGUGUGGCAAGUAACGUGUUUGCAAAAGAUUGUACAAAGUGUCUAGAGAAGAGGGACUAUGAGAAUGUUAUAUGCUCAGUUUGCAUGGAGUGUCCCCACAACGCUGUUGCUUAGACCAGUUCAAGAAAGCGUCAGCUAAACUCAAGUCAACGUCUCAUCAACCGGUCAACAAGUCUGAGCUUGGGAAUCUCACAUGCCCACUUUGUAGAGGCCAGGUGAAAGGUUGGACAAUAGUGCAGCCUGCACGGGACUUUCUGAAUCUCAAGCAGAGGAUCUGUAUGCAGGGGAACUGUGUUUUCGCUGGAAGCUUCAGAGAGCUGAGGAAACACAUGAAAACGGAUCACCCUUGUGCAAAGCCGCGUGAAGUUGACCCUGAUGUGGAGCUGAACUGGAGAAGGCUUGAGAUUGAGCAGGACCGAGCUGAUGUUAUCAGCACGAUUAGGUCUAUGAUGCCCGGUGCAACGGUGUUUGGGGAUUACGUUAUAGAAACAAACAACCCCAACGGUUCUGAAUCAGGUUCUGAAAAGGGUCGUGAUCACCGUGCUGGAUUUGGUAGGAAUUUGUGGAGUGUUAUCAUUAUGAUGCAUGGUCUUGGGGCGUUAAGGAAUCAGACAAGACUCUCUGAUUCUGAUUCGAAUGACUUGACAACCCACCAUGGAACAAGUGAGAUGACUGUCUCUUGAGAAGUAGAGGAAGAUACGAAUGGCAACUCUUUGGCAAGUCGAAUGAGGCGACAAGGUCGGGUUCUACUAGGACGCUCAGGCAGGAGACGCAGAGAUAGAGAAGCUAACCAGAGCACAGGUCCUCCUAGAUGAGACAAGUUACAACAAAACCCUUUGUCUGAUUCAGGGUUCCAGGUUAAAGUUGUAUGGUAUGGUUUAUGUACAAACGUAGUCGAAAUAAUGCUUUUGGACCUUGUGAGAACCCUUGUCUACUUUCACCAUUGACAAAAUUUGACAAAGAAGCACUGUGUUUACUCGUUUUUUACUGCAUCUCGCUGUAACUUUUUCUGGAAGAAAAUUUAGAUAAACA